AUGGAUGCAGCUAUGAAGGACGCGAAAACUCAAAGGCGCAGCCCGGCCGCCCCGGCCGUCGCUGCUGCUGCUGCUCACUCGACACGCUCGCAAGACCCGGUAUAUCAUACCGACGCUGCGCCCUCUGCCCGCCGCGCCUCUUCGAAACGUCGUUCAAGCCAAACACCGGACAUCAGCACCCCAACCUUGGUCAAUCCAGCUUCUACACUCCUACAGGAUCUUCUCAAGGAACAGCGGGCACACCGCAGCUCUCGAGGACCUCUCCCCGAAGAUUGGGACGACGUUGGUCCACGAACACCGGAUGGUUCACGGAUACAAGAGGACUCGGCGUCGGAGAAAGCACGGAAAGUAAGCGAAGCCCUCACCACAGGGCAGCGGCAACCGAAAGAGAUGGGCAUGCGAGAGAUGGAUCAGUACGUUUCAAAAAUGAACAAAUUGAAUUUCGACUUGAAGCUCGAGGUUCACCACCGCUCAGAGCAGAUGAAGCAGCUACGAGAGAAGGUCCAGCGCAUGGAGGAAAUGGAGGUCGAGCUCCAGCGCAUGCACAAGUUGGAAGAGGAGGUCCUGGAGCUACGAAAUGUGGGGAAAGAGAAUCGACGCCUGCAUGAGGAGAAUGAGAUACUGUCCCAGGAGCUCGAGAAGCGGAAUGUGGCCGUCACCGAGGCUGUUCAGCUUAUUUGCCAGCUCGAGGCGAAAAUUGAUGAGCUCGAGUCCGGUGGACGGACAUCGCAGAUGUCCAUGUCCCGGCUGGUGCUCGAUGGUCCCAACGCCACGACACCCAAAGGGCAGACUAUGAUUGAGAUACCCGAAAGGACCUCAUCCAAGCGAAAAUCGGCUGCCAUGACUCAAUCACUUCAAUCGAGAUCUUUCGAAUUGCACCAGCUCACCAAGGCCCCGUCCUUUUUGCGAGACGAACACCAAAGCACUGCCACUCUGCGCAGUCUCUACGCCCCAGAAAAUAACGUGUCCCGCUCGGCUAUGAGUGCUUUGACCAAGUCAGAGAGCUCCAAUACUCUGAAUCGCUCACCUGAAUCGCCCCGGCUCAGUGUUCUAAGUGAAUGUAGCGAGCUGAACCCUAUCGGUUCCCAGUCAGAAUGGGAUGAUUACGACAAGUUGGACAUUCCAGUCCGUCGAGCUCCGUCCACCACUAGCAGUUUGGAUAGCUAUGUUCCCCCCACCGAGCGCGAGGAGAGCAAAAACCAUCAAAUUGAUCGCUGGAUGGGGUCGCAACCGGACGCGUUUGACACGAUCAUCAGACGACGACAGGCUCGGGCCAUGUCUGCCGCUUCAAGCAGUGUAGGCCCAACAUUUGGCGGCGAAUUGUACUCGAGGAAACCCACUCGCAGUCGUCCCCCAUUGGAUGCCAUUUUUGGAGGCGCAAGACUGCCUCCUACGCCUGAUACCAUGAGUACGGCAUGUGCACCUGCCAACAACGGUUCCAAUGGCAGCAUCGCAGCCCAGAGGAGUCCCAAAUCAGGGCAAGAUAAAUGGUUUGCAGGACGACCUGUUGAACGUCAUCGUUCCGCGAGUGAGCUUACCUCCAGACGCAGCUUCAACGGUGGCGAGAGUGUACAGACGAAUUGUAGCGACACACCCCGUCUUGAAACAACGAACCCUUGUUCUCGCACCUUCCUCCCAUACAUCAACGUUGCCAACAAAGCAAGCGAACUCCUCGGGCCUGGCAGCCCUAACCAUCCAUCUUCCCAGAUACUGGGUGAUCCCUUCCAACGGAGCAGCAAUGCAGACACGAUGACUUCCAAAAUGAUACGUCAUGAAACUCCUACCAAGCCUCGCUCGAAAUCCGUCAGCCCUGAAUUUGGAAGAUCUGACGGAUGGGAUUCCCCCUCUCCACCUCUCACGCCAACCGACUGGAUUGCGGCGGCGAAGCAGAGGCCCCGCUCUCGUAAAGAGCCCAAUCCGCCCCGGACUAUCAGCCAAGCUGCCUUCCAUGACGACCAGAGCAUCGCUUCCUAUCCAACGGAAGCCGAUACACCAAGGAUUCCAACUUUGGAUAUGAACACACUUGAUAUUCUUGAAAACGAUUUUGCAGAAAUGCCCAUGGCUGAAUGCUCAAAGCCCGAGCCCGAGCCAGUGCCGGAAACUCGACGCCGCAUCAGCUUCAAGCCCCGCUUCUUCCAUCGCAAUAAUAACACCAAACGUCUUCAAUCUUCCCCAAUCGCCAAUGAAUUCCACGCCACUGAUGAUGACGAAGAAGACGGCGCCCCAUCACCUAUCAUUCCAAAGACCAGAAAUGUGGCCAAUGCUCGCCGCCGCCCGGUAUCCCAAAUAAUCACCAGCUCCGCAGAUAUCGACUCCUCCAGCCUACCAACCACUCAUGGACUUGAUAGUCCAUUCGAACAUAAAUCUCUCCAUCAAUCUCUCAUGGAAUCUCGAGGCACUUCCAUCUCCAUGAACGGUGCAGCCACCAUCUCCGGUCGCCCAAGCACAUCCCAUAGCACGGAGACUCACAAGCGCCGCAGCUCACUGGGUAUCUUCGGAUGGGUGAAGGGAAUGACCGGGAAACGCUCUGAGCCCGCCUCACCUAUGAAAGCGGAAAAGGGCAAAGCCAAGGAAAACGAUCCACCUACCUGGGCUGCCGGAGAUGAUCUACCGCGCUCAGCGACGCCAGACUCGUUCAACAUGCCCGUCGUGCGCCCGCGCUCCGAGAUGACCAUGCACUCAGAUGACCAGGGACGGCGGCCCAGAUACGUUGGUCGACACUCGCGGCGAGUUUGA